ACUGAUGUUUCCUUUUCUUUGCUGCACUCGGAUUCUGAGUUUCACAAGAAUGUACCUGGGUGCCCAUUAGCGGGAUAUGAAUAGUUUCUUCGGAACCCCAGCGGCCAGCUGGUGCCUCCUGGAGAGUGACGUCUUAUCUUAACGGGACAGGGAGGCGGGGAGCGAGCGCAGAGCACUCAGCGCCCUGCACCGCGGCGGGGCAGCCUGGAGCGGAGCAGGGAGCCCGAGGCUGACAGACGUCUGCUGGGGUUGAGCCGCCAGACCGCGAAAAGUAGCUGGAGCCAGAGCAGGGACAGAACCUGUUGCUGCGGACCGGCUUGGUGGAUUCUGGUUCCCGCCGCCGACAGGGCUCGCCGGGAGAGGUUCAUCAUGAAGGAGAAAUGGGACACAAACUCUUCAGGAAACUGGCAUCUCAUCUGGAGUGUCAAUGACACAAAGGAUCAUCUGCACUCAGAUAUUAAUAUUACCUAUGUGAACUACUAUCUUCACCAGCCUCGAGUGGCAGCAAUCUUCAUUAUUUCCUACUUUCUGAUCUUCUUUUUGUGCAUGGUGGGAAAUACCGUGGUUUGCUUUAUUGUAAUGAGAAACAAACAUAUGCACACAGUCACUAAUCUCUUCAUCUUAAACCUGGCCAUAAGUGAUUUACUAGUUGGCAUAUUCUGCAUGCCUAUAACACUGCUGGACAAUAUUAUAGCAGGAUGGCCAUUUGGAAACACGAUGUGCAAGAUCAGUGGACUGGUCCAGGGAAUAUCUGUUGCAGCUUCAGUCUUUACAUUAGUUGCAAUUGCUGUAGAUAGGUUCCGGUGUGUGGUCUACCCUUUUAAACCAAAGCUCACUAUCAAGACAGCGUUUGUGAUUAUUAUGAUCAUCUGGGUCCUAGCCAUCACCAUUAUGUCUCCAUCUGCAGUAAUGUUACAUGUGCAAGAAGAAAAAUAUUACCGAGUGAGACUCAACUCCCAGAAUGAAACCAGUCCAGUCUACUGGUGCCGGGAAGACUGGCCAAAUCAGGAAAUGAGGAAGAUCUACACCACUGUGCUGUUUGCCAACAUCUACCUGGCUCCGCUCUCCCUCAUCGUCGUCAUGUAUGGAAGGAUUGGAGUGUCACUCUUCAGGGCUGCAGUUCCUCACACAGGCAGGCAGAACCAGGAACAGUGGCACAUGGUAUCCAAGAAGAAGCAGAAGGUCAUUAAGAUGCUCCUGAUUGUGGCCCUGCUUUUUAUUCUCUCCUGGCUGCCCCUGUGGACUCUAAUGAUGCUCUCAGACUAUGCUGACCUUUCUCCAAAUGAACUGCAGAUCAUCAACAUCUACAUCUACCCUUUUGCACACUGGCUGGCAUUUGGCAACAGCAGUGUCAACCCCAUCAUUUAUGGUUUCUUCAACGAGAAUUUCCGCCGUGGUUUCCAAGAAACUUUCCAGCUCCGGCUCUGCCAAAAAAGAGCAAAGCCUAUGGAAGCCUAUGCCCUAAAAGCUAAAAGCCACAUGCUCAUAAACACAUCUAAUCAGCUUGUCCAGGAAUCUACAUUUCAAAACCCACAUGGGGAAAACUUGCUUUAUAGGAAAAGUGCUGAAAAACCCCAACAGGAAUUAGUGAUGGAAGAAUUAAAAGAAGCUACUAACAGCAGUGAGAUUUAAAAAGAGCUAGUGUGAUAGUCCUAACUCUACUAUGCAUUAGAAAUUUAAAUACCAUUGUUUUUUGUGGCUUUGCACUUCAAUUUUUUCAAAGAAUGUUCUAAAUAAAACAUUUACUGAAAGCCCUCUCUGGCAAAAAAAAAUUUAAAAAAACAAAAAUGGUCAUAAGAUCAUAAACAAUCUUAUGUUGUAUAAAAAUACAGAGUGACUUAUACAUGUUUGCAUGAAUAAAUGUAUUUCUAGAGAACAGUUUACAAAGCCUCAUCUUUCCCAACUUAACCCUUUGUGUAUGCGUCAAAUCAAGCCCGCGCAUGCGCACACGUGCUUGUAUGUAUUUUCCCAACAUGAUGAUGAUGAACAGUGAGUGCUUUGCAUGAAACUAUAUUUUACCAAUUUCUCCUUUGGUUUUGGAUUUAAAAUUUUGGACUACAAGACUAUUUCUCUGCUUAUGUUUAUAAACUGUACUUAGUUUUCUAAGAAAUACAUUCAAUCACAUGAAAUUCUCUGCUGUUGUUUUUUCUCAUUUCCAUUACUUAAUUUGGGUUAGUCUACAAAGGCAAGAUAUUAUAGGUCCAUGGGUAAUUAUGUCACAGCGGCCCUCACUUCCUGUGUGUCAGAACUGUAGUAGCAAAUAAAGGGACACGUUUCUUUAUAUUUAAAAGUUGAUUUUUUAAAAAGAAUACAAAGGAAUUUUUGUUGGCUUUUUCAUAUUUUCAUAAGUGAAGUUUGUGCCCUAGUUGAACACACAUUUGUUACAGAGCUGAUUGAGGACCCCAACUUGACCCCUUUCUCUAACAGAAUCUCUGAUGUAAAGAAGCAAACACUUUAAUAAUGCAGCAGUUAGCAGAAAAACAGCACCUUUCUUUGAAGUAUUUAAUCAUAGAUGUUUAACAAUUAUCAUAAAACUCUCACAUAGAGAGCAAGAACAAUUAUUUCAAAUCUUCUACUGAGCACAUUUAAAUCCAGCACCCUGGGUUUAGUAAAUUAGUAUUAUUGUUUAAAAAAGAAUUGACAACCCCUGAAUUCAGCUAUGUUAAAAUCAUGUAAUGAUAAUGGUUGUCACGGUUAGCUUUUAUUCUAGGGUGAGGUAAAUCUCUAGAAAAUUGGACAUUAUAACAAAAUAAACAGUUUGGCAAAUAAAAAUAAACUACUAGAAG